UAUAAUAUGCUGGCUUGACGAUGAAGAUUGAAGACUCACUCUCACACACACUUCUUCCCCUUCCUAAGUGCGCAGGUUAAAACCGCGUCUCUUUCUCUCUCUAAAAUCUACACCCACCGAUAUGCCCAUUUCAAACCCCAAUUCCCUAAUUCGUAAAAACAAUUACCUAUUUCCCGAUUUCGAAUCCAUCAGAUUGAAACCAAACUGUUGAUUUCUCCUCGUUUUUUUUUUGAUUUUCGUUUUCGGAAUAUUUAUUAUUUCCUGUAAAUUAUCGAUUAUUUUUUUUUUGUUGUUGUUCUUCUUCGAUUGAUGAGAGCCUGCGAACAUGUCGAAGAUGAAGCACUUACUGCGGAAGCUUCACAUCGGCGAUCACCACAACCAGGGGCGGCCGCCGACAGCCGCACUCGAUCCUUCGCCGCCGAAUCAGACUUCGACCUCGUCUUCGUUAUCGCCGCCGUCGCAGACCUCCGAUUUGCCACCGGAGACUUCUCCCUCCGACAACGAGGCCUCGAGCAACAGUUUCAAUUUCCUGGAGGAGGAGUUCCAAAUGCAAUUAGCGUUGGCUAUUAGCGUUUCGGAUCCGGGUCAAACUUGCGUUGACUCCGAAACUGCUCAAAUCAACGCCGUUAAGCAGAUUAGCCUCGGCCGCUCGCCUUCUCAAAGCCUGGCUGACUUUCUAUCGCUCCGAUAUUGGAGCUAUAACGUUGUAAAUUAUGAUGAGAAAGUUAUAGAUGGCUUCUAUGAUGUUUGUGGAAUCGAUUCAAAUUUGCUGGUCCAAGCAAAAAUGCCAUCCCUGGCAGAUCUUGAAGCAAUUUCUGUUUCGAAUAAUGUUGCUUAUGAGGUUGUAUCAGUCAAUCGGGCGGUUGAUAUGGAACUGAGGAAACUCGAGGAAAGAGUUUAUUUUAUCUCCAUGGAAUGCCGUGCAAUGAAUAGGGGCCUGAAUACGAGUUUUCUAGUUCAAAAAAUUGCUGAUCUUGUUGUGGAAAGAAUGGGAGGUCCCGUUAGUGAUGUUGAAGAAAUGUUUAGGAGAUGGAGGGCAAGGAAUCUUGAGCUAAAACUCCACUUCAAUACAGUCGUCCUUCCCCUUGGCUCUCUUGAUGUUGGAAACUCACGGCAAAGGGCCUUACUCUUUAAGGUACUUGCUGAUAGGAUUAAUCUUCCAUGUAAGCUUGUCAAAGGGAGUUAUUAUACCGGCACUGAUGAAGGAGCUGUGAACUUGAUAAAAUUGGAUAGUGAAAGCGAGUACAUUAUUGAUCUAAUGGGUGCUCCAGGCACUCUGAUUCCUGCUGAAACACCCAGCAGUCAUCUUCAGAGUUUCGGUUUGGAUACAAGAUCUAUUGCAGGGGUUGGCCAAAGUUCAUUUACAGCACCUGAACAAGGAGCUAGAAUUAGAUCAUGUACACAUAGUGUGGAUGAAACUGCCAAAACCAGAAGUUUGAGUUCAGAAAAAUCUUCAAUGGCCACCGAAUCAAUAGCUGGAAAAAUCCAGACUGGCCAGUUGGAACAUGACACUAGAGAUAUUUAUCCAUAUCCAAUUGGAGAAUGUGAAGCGCCAGUGCAUGCCGGAAAUAAAACAACUGGAAGAGAUUCACAUAUAGAAGAUGUUUCAGUGUAUGUCACCAGUGCUGCCAAAAGACCAGAGUUUUCUAGAGAACUUUCUUCUAUGUUGUUCGAGAAACUUGCAUCAGCGCAUGAAGAUUUGCUUUCCAUAAGUUCUGAUGAUAGAGAAGGGGAAUUGCUAGAAAGUGACAGAAUAGUGAGAAGAGAAAAGGGUGUUGAUCAGUGUCAUCCAGAGAUAUCCUUGUUAAAUAAUGAGCUGUCUCAUGUUAAUAACAUUUUUAACGACAGUUGCAGAAAACGUUCAGCUGAUGGAUUGAGAGGGAACCAGUUCAAACCGGAGUUAGCAGGAUAUAAAUCAUCUUUCAUUCAAGGCAAACAAAAUGUGUUUGUUAAAGAUAGUAUGGAAAUGGUCCCAAAUUAUGGUGCUGCAGUUGGUAGUGAAAUUGUUGAUUUUUCUGGAAAUAGAGAAGCUAUGGGCAUAGCCUAUGAUGACAAGUCUGAUGCUAAUAAGAUUCACAAUAUGCAAAGUGAUCCUGUGCUAAAUGGAGUUGCUGAGAUUUUAUGGGAGGAUCUUCAUAUUGGUGAACGCAUUGGCAUAGGAUCAUAUGGUGAAGUCUACCGAGGUGAAUGGAAUGGCACAGAAGUUGCAGUGAAGAAGUUCAUGAAACAAGAUAUCACAGGUGAUGCACUCACACAAUUUAAAUGUGAGAUUGAGAUCAUGUUGAGGUUGAGACAUCCAAAUAUUGUUCUUUUCAUGGGAGCAGUGACGAGCCCCCCGAAUAUGUCAAUAUUGACAGAAUUUCUUCCAAGGGGUAGUUUAUAUAAACUGCUGCACCGGCCAAAUAUCCACAUUGAUGAAAAAAGGCGAAUAAAAAUGGCCCUCGAUGUGGCCAAGGGCAUGAAUUACUUGCACACUAGCCAUCCUAUCAUUGUGCAUCGAGAUUUAAAGACUCCAAAUCUCCUCGUUGAUAAAAAUUGGAUCGUUAAGGUUUGUGAUUUUGGGAUGUCUCGUCUACAGCACCAUACUUUUCUAUCUUCAAAGUCGACUGCUGGAACUGCAGAGUGGAUGGCACCAGAGGUUCUGAGAAAUGAACCAUCUAAUGAGAAAUCUGAUGUAUAUAGCUUCGGUGUCAUACUAUGGGAGCUGGCAACUCUGCGAGUUCCAUGGACAGAAAUGAACUCAAUGCAAGUUGUUGGAGCCGUUGGAUUCCAGGGCAGACAUCUUGAUAUUCCCCCCAUGGUCGAUCCACUUGUGGCCGAUAUAAUAAGCGAGUGUUGGAAUAGAAAUCCACAGGCACGCCCUUCUUUUGCAGAGAUUAUUACUCGUCUCAAACGUCUGCAGCACCUUUGCGUGCAGAGAACUGAGAGUAGUACAAAUUAGAUGUGAUGUAAAGAUUGUUGAAAGCUCGUUUGAAAGAGCUGGGAGAAGACAAAAGUUCGAGAAAUCGUCAAGGUAAAAAAGUAGUUGGAUUGGUAGGUGUUGGUUCAUUCGAAGUGGGAACUCAAUGCAGCCAAUUAAUUAUUAACUCGGAUAAAAGAGCAAAUGCCCUUAAACUUCAAAAAGUAGCACCAAGGAUCUUUGUAGUUCUAGGGUUAAAUCAAAUGUAGUAGCAUAUAUUUGUAAGAAGUCUCUUAAAAAAAAAAAAAAAAAACAAAAAUUAAAUAAAAGAAAAACGAAAAAAAAAGGCAUGAGUUGUACUGUUUGUCGAGACCACCAAAAAAGUAACUGUAUAAAAUGGUCUCUACAGAUUUGUAUCGAAAGAAGAUAUAGUUAGUAAAGGAAAAGCAAGAUGAAUGCGAGUUAGCUUGCGUGUGGCUCUACCAGCUUCUUCUUUAAUUCUAUCACGGAAAAAAGAGAAGUGGAUGAGUAAACUUUUCUAUUGUGCUUGCGGUAUAUGCCACUAAAGUUUAAACCAUGUAUUAUUGGGACUAUAUGCCUUAUUGAUCAUUUAAUUAGUGUGCUAUACUGCUAGUUCAUUAGCCUCUU